UGUUUGGGUUAGGGAGAGGGUUAAAGUAUCAGAGAGCAGAAGAAUGGAGAGAAGGCUGAGUUUUUAAAAUAACCCAUUUUCCAUGUUUUCCAAAGGCGUAAAUACAAGACUUCUGGAAAGGCAAAAGGAAGGUUGAAGAUGAGCAAGAGGCCUCCGAGUCGUCCAGGAAUUACCUUUGAGGUUGGUGCUCGGGUUGAAGCGCAAGACUACCUGCAGAAAUGGUACCCUUCGCGCAUUGAGAAGAUUGACUAUGAGGAGGGAAAGAUGCUUGUCCAUUUCGACCGGUGGAGCCAUCGAUACGACGAGUGGAUCUUCUGGGACAGCACUCGGUUGCGUCCUCUGGAGAGAACAGGUCUUCGGAAAGAAGGACUGAAGGAGGAGGAAGAGAUGUCUGAGAGACUCAGCGAGAUGAGAGCAUCUCGCCUUCGUGAGCAUCCUGGAAGUACAGAGAGCACAGAGGACCAAACAGAGUUACCGCAGUCAAGACAAGUUUUGAGAUCAGGAGAAGAGGUGUUAGCCCGAUGGACAGAUUGCCGUUACUACCCAGCUAAGAUAGAAUCAGUAAACAAAGAAGGUACAUACACAGUUCAGUUUUAUGAUGGUGUUAUUCGGUGUGUGAAGAGGAUGCAUAUUAAAUCCAUGCCUGAAGAUGCAAAAGGACAGGAUUGGAUUGCCCUUGUAAAAGCAGCAACUGCAGCUGCAAAGAGCAAGGGAACCUACAGGCCUCGUACAAGUGCCAACAGCAAUAAAGACAACAGUGACAGGAGAGCAGGGAAGGCAUCCCCGAAGACAGAGGAUGAAACUAAUCCUGUAAAUGAGGCCCAGGACGCAAAAGAGUCACAAGAGGAGCCUGAUUCUACUCAGAAAUUAGAGGAGGAACAGAAGCAGACCUCAGAACAGCCUGAAACCGUGAAAACAAAGAGGAAGAAGGGUGGGCAAGGAACUUCAUUCCAUGCAAAGAGAGCUCGUCUCAAUAAAAUUACAGGUCUUUUAGUUUCAAAAGCCUCUAAUGAAGAUGAAGUAGAGUGCAAAGAAGACCAGAAAGAAGCUCCAGAGAGUUUUGAAGAGGGAAGCUUAGCAAGUACAGAAAAUGAAUAUAAACCUGAGGCUCAAGCCACAUUGCCCACCGCAACCCAGAAAAAUACUGCGUCUCCUGUGAAGUCUCGAAACAGACGGCUCAAACAUGAUUCUGGAGAAUCUACCAGCAGCCAGAAGCAUUCAGGACCUUCUUCUGUAGCCAUGCCAGUUGGUGACGAGAUGACGUGUGUGGCAGAAUCUACACUUUCACCAAGUCCUGACCCAAGCCUCCCAGACAGCACACAUUCUGCACUCGCCACACCUCCACCUCCCAACUCACCCCGACCAUCUGAGCAAAGCCAGCGACGGAGACGUUCCCAGCGUUUGGCGACUUGUACGGUCGACUCCUCCAUCGAACCAGCUCAGCCCCCACCGUCAGCCUCUGAAGCGAAAGCUCUUAACCCCAAACUCCAGUCUCAGCCAGAGCCUACUUUGCCUGAGGCAUCAGGCACUACCUCUAUCACUCUGGAAAAGCCUGAGGACCUUGAUGACUCCUUAAGUGUGCCUCCUGUUUUGACACCUCCACCACCUGUUUCAACACCCCCAAACACAGCACCAUCUCCCCCACCUAGUCUGCCUCCUGAUACUGAAAAGGAACAGGGAGAUCCUGGCACUGCUUCUCUGAUGCAGACAGCUCUUGAAGAGAAGACGCCCUGUCCCACAGCAGUUGUAGCUGCUGUGUUGAAGGCAGUACCCAAGAUUUUGAAACCAAACAAACAUGCAAGGGAGCCAAUAAUAAACACCAAAAAGCCGGAAGAUCCUUCCUCCCCGAAAGAGCCACUCAUAGAUCUAGACCACAACAAAUUCAAGUGCAAGGUUCCUGGCUGUUCCAAGGCCUUCCGAAAAGCCAAGCUUUUGGACUAUCAUUUGAAGUAUUAUCACAGUGCUGAUAAAGAGACGGAGUCAGAGGCCGGAUCUCCUGAACGAGCUGUGCGGACUAGAGCAACGUCUGCUUCAGUCCCCACCUGCACUCCGCCAGAGAGUCAUGAUGCAAAGAGACGGCGAACCGUGUCAUCCUCUGCGUCCCUGUCUCCUCACACACAAGCCUUACAACUAGAAUCUCCUUUGAGUACCAACGUGAAACCCCCCAAGUCCAGCAAGAAGAAGCGAUCCUCCACUUCCGUCAGCUCUGAAGGUGCAGACAUCCAGUUGCCAUUGCCCCCCCGCGAGAGGAGUUUUGAGAACUUACAUGAGAAGAUACUCAAGAAAGUCAUUGACAAGGACAAACACUCAGAGCCAGGACAAAUAAAGACUGAGAAGAAAAGUAAACUUGAAGAUAAGAGCCAAACAAUAGGAAAAAAGAAAGAAAAGGACAAGGAGCGUAAAGACAAAAAGGAGAAAGAUCCAUUUAAAAUCAAACAAAAAAAGAAGAAAAAGAAGAAAAAGAAAUCGAAACAGCACAGUUAUUCAGAUUAUGAAGAUAUGUCCCUGGCCUUUUUGGAAAGAUGCUCUUCUCCACCGAACCGCUCGUCUGGUAGUUCUUUUACACUGCACACCACUUCCUCAUCCAAACAUACGUCCUUCCAGUACCCCAGAGCCAUACUUUCUGUUGACCUCACAGGAGAGAACCUCUCCGAGAUCGAUUUCUUGGAGGAUUCCUCGACGGAGAGCUUGCUUCUGAGUGGAGACGAGUACAAUCAGGAUUUCGAUUCCCUCAUCAUGGAUGAUUUCCAGGAGGAGGAGGAUGCGGCCAAUGAAAUUGUGCGCUGCAUCUGUGAAAUGGAUGAGGAAAAUGGAUUUAUGAUCCAGUGUGAAGAGUGCAUGUGCUGGCAACAUAGCAUUUGUAUGGGACUGCUGGAGGACAGUAUUCCUGAGCAGUACAUCUGUUACAUUUGUAGGGAUCCACCAGGGCAAAGGUGGAGUGCAAAAUAUCGUCAUGACAAAGAUUGGUUAAACAAGGGGCACAUGUAUGGCUUGUCAUUUCUGAGUGAAAACUACUCUCAUCAGAAUGCUAAAAAGAUAGUUUCAACACACCAACUGCUGGGUGACGUGUACAGUGUGAAGAAGGUACUACAUGGACUGCAGCUUAAAAUGGACAUAUUACAAAACAAACACAAACCCAGCUUGCACCUCUGGGCCCGAUCUUGGGUGAAUUCAGAUGAAGAUCAGCCUAUGGGAGUACAUCCAGACUGUAUUCAUUACCAGGACAGGAUAACAGACAAUGUAUCCCAAAACUCCAACCAGGAAACAUACAUCACUAGUGAACACAGUUACCAGAAACCCCCAGGAAUGGGGCUGGACCACAGGCCUGUCGCUGACCUGCUGAGCUCUGAUGGAGAAGAGGGAAUGAGACAGGAAGAGGCCCUAGAGCUUGUGACCAAUGCAGCAGUACACGCAGUGCAUUCUGUGCCAAAAGAAGAAGAGGAAAGUUCUGCGAUCGCUGUGUCAGGCUCUUUGAAUGAAAGCAGCCUGGAAUCAGCAGAACACGCUAAGAACUGCCUCCAGUGGCAGCUAAACCUCCUAACACAUAUUGAGGAUGUUCAGAAUGAGGUUGCAGGCAGAAUGGACCUGAUUGAAAAGGAACUUGAUGUUUUAGAAAGCUGGCUGGAUUUCACUGGGGAGCUGGAACCACCAGAUCCUCUUGCAAGACUGCCUCAGCUGAAGCGCAGGAUUAAGCAGCUUUUAACAGACCUGGGCAAAGUACAGCAAAUGAGCACCUUGUGUUCUGUUUGAGCCCCUCUGCAUGGCAGCAAAGAGCAGGACACUACAUUGCGACAGGACAGUGAAGCCUUUUGUUUUCUCGCAAGGUGCUUUCAGACAAAAGUCUUUUCCCCCUUUGUCACACUUGAGUUCAAAAUACGUUUGAUGUGAUUCGACAUUAGAAAAAAGGGAAAAAAACAAGGUCCAUUUGGGUAAACAUAAAUGAUGUAAGUCAUGUUUGGUUGAAGGGCAAUGUAGCAGUGUAAGAAAGAGAGAGGGAUUGUGGGGUAGAGAACGUAAGAACUCAACAUGUACUAACACUGGAGGAAAUUAGAGCGCUUGGACAAUAAGAAGCAUAAAUUAAAAGGUUCAGAAGUGCCAAAGCAAACUUCGAUCAAGAAAAGGCACCGAAGGGUAUGGAAGGUAGUCAUGUUACUUGUCCACAGGUUCAUUUAGUAAUAAAAAAAGUCACACAACCUAGUUAGCUAAAGAAUGCAGGGCAGACAUUUUGAUAUACACUGAAUUCCUUAAGGUAAAAUGUAGUUAUAAGCUCUACAGUAUAAAUAAGCCGAAACUGAAAAGUAAAGUGAAUGAAUAGAUGAAGUGCAUAACAAAUAUCCUUAAAUAAAAAUGAGCAUGUAAUUGGAAACACACCACAGCUAUGAAACACCCUACCAGAGAUUUUAUGUAAAUAUAGUGGUUUUGGGCCCUGAGGAAAAAAAUUGCAAAAUCUGUUGGAAGUUUAAGAGAAUGUUGCAAACAUUUGACUUCCAUUUUCAGGACUGCUAUAACUAGUGUGUUAUAAUUGGAUUUGAUCAAAGCACUCGGUGCUUUAAUUCAUUUCGAGUUUAAACUUCGAGCUUUCAAGUUAAGCCUUGGGCAUUUGCGUUUGUUUGUUUUUUUUUUUCCAAGUUUUGCGUGAGAAGUAUAUUUUCCUGCAGUCUCAUGCCUUUUGUAAUCAUGGGGAAGGAAAUGUCAACAUUGCCCUCUUUUUUAAAGUAGGUUUUAUGUAUCAUUGUGAUUCCUUCUUUGUGAAUAAUUGGUAAUCCUGUAUUGUGCCAAGUGUAAUGAAUAGCAUAGAUGUCCAAUGCUACUGUUGUGUCAUAUGGUUUGGAAAGGUUGGAAAUUGUGGAGAAGACAGUGAAGAAGAUAAAAGGCUACACCUUUUGAUGAAUUUCUGAGAUGGAGUGUGCUCUUCAAAUAUAUACCUGUUUUUUACACCCAGCUUGCAACUCAAAAUACAAGAACAAUCCUUCACUUCAAUAUAUGUAAACUGUGAAGCCUAAGAACAUCUAGAGCAUGCGUGUUCUGUUCUUUGCCAUCUGAUUUCUACCCCUGAGCCCUUCUAAAUUCUUGGUGUUUUAAUAUUUCAUGCUACUACAGCUCUGCUUUACAUUAAGUUUACAUAUUAAUUGAUAAAGGUUAGUCUUAAUACAGCAGUCUACAUGCAAGCUGGAUGUAAAUGUAAACAAAUUACAGUGUUGAACAUAAUGUAUAUACAGUUUUUUAAACUGUAAAAAUCUGCGAGGCAUAAACAUGAACUUAAAUAUACUUGAAGAAAAUGCCUCAGUUUAUUCAGCAGUUCUAGUUAUCUGUAUAAAGUGCGUUUUAGAACUGGUAGGGUAUGAAACUUGAAGUUGCUUUUCUUUACAUAUACCAACUGUACAUUAAGAAUUUAUUUAAAAUAACUACAAACCAGACUGUUCUUUAUGUAAUUUACUAUAUGUAAACUGUUCAUU